CCGUAAACUGCAUUUUUUUAAUCGGUCAAAUCAACGUUACUUUCAAAAAUGAAUGAUAAAAAUGAUCAACAUAAAUCAUCACCUCCACCUACUCACAGAAAAGUUCGAAAUCCUUUUGAUAAAGUUUUAAUAGAAAGUUUACACAAACCGAUAUGCAGUCCAGGAAUGUGCAAAAUAUACAAGCAGAAGAGCAGCGGGUCUUUCCGAUGGGACAUCGAUCAGGCAUGCACAUUAGUUCCUACAGAGAUUGUUGCUUGUAAUAGUCAAUUUGAACCGUCACCUGAUCCAGCAUUAGAGAGAAUCGCCGAAGAGGCCACUGACAAAUUUUUCUCACAGGAGAUGGUAAUGCCUAGUCCAAUGGAAUCAUUAAAAAAGAAUAAACCUAUAUUAAAGACUUCCUGUGAAGCCAGUGUACAAAUAACUAGCCUUAUCAGAGAAAAAUUAAUCAUCACUAAAGAUGUUUCAGCACAAACGAUACUCACACUCCCUCCGGAACUACCACCAGAAAUAGAAAAAAUUCUACAACCUUUCUGCACUUAUACACAGGAUCAAACAAACAUGUCAGAUGAGUAUGAAGUAACAGCAAACGGUUCCCUUUGUCGGAAACUGUUUUUCGAGGAGCACAGUGACAUAGACCAUUAUGAUUCAGAACAGACUGAUGAUGAAAUACACGCAGAACCCCGGCCCCCUUCAAGUUACGAAGCACACACGCCUAUAAUAUUCAGUCCUGAUUUGAGUCGUGACUUAGUCACGAAGGGUAUGAAGAGAACGUUUGGUACUCCAUUAAAGAAGAGUUUGUCGGCACAAAGGAAACCUUUUCGUAAUAAAAUAUUGGACGUCGUCGACUUUGGCGAGACGUGCUUCAGCCCUAUCGGGUUCCAAACACCGAUACGCAAUGAUCAAAGGUCUGCUACAUCGUCUUCUUUGGCGUCUGCUUCGAUUUCUCCAGUCACCAAAGUGGCUUCCAGCGACGAAGAGAAAAACAACUUUACUUCUCCGGAAUCCGAAGCGAUGGCUACAUGCCUGGAUUGCAUCUCGGACCCGCGCAGCGAAGAGAAGGGACCGUGUUUUUGUAAGAUUACACCUAACAAAAUAAAGAGGAGUGCGUCACUAAAAGAGUCUCCGCCUCGCAGCCGGAAAUCUUCAUUGUCGUUUUCGGAAAAACGUAGUUUAAGUAUGUCGAGCCUACACAGGAGUCGGUCAGUACAGAAACUAGACUUCAGUAUGGACAUAAGCUUUGAAGAGUCAGCACACGAUCAGUCACAAGCGGAUUCGGAGUCCAGUUCACAUCCGGACGCGCAGGCCACGUGGUCUAUCGUCGAAGAAACAAACGCGCAACAAGGGGUCAGAGACGGAUGCAUUAAAUUAGAAACAAAUGAAAUUCAGUCUUCCACUAGGAUACAUAAUAUUAAUAUUAAUAAUAUAUUAGAUGAUACGCCAAUUAAAGGGAAGUGCAAAAGCUAUCGUGCUCAUGAAAUCAGUAAGAUUCGUGUGCCGGCGUCCGCGAGCCCUCUGCACAUGUCUCUAGAUAAUAGUUUGGACGGCUCCGACAAUCUGCUCAGUAUGGAGCACAAGAAGAUAGACUUUAAUAAUGUUGAUCUCAAAUUUCUGACUGAAAACGUAUCUCAAUACGGACGCGCGACCAAUGACGUCACCAAAGUCGGCGACGACUGCUCGACCAGCUUCAAGAGAGUCGACAGCGGAUUCAACGAGAAUACUUUUUAUGCUAGUACUAGUUAUUACGAAAGUGCCAUAAAACCAUCAGAACUGACUGUAACUAAUAUAUCAAAGAGUAAUGUAACGAAUAAUGCUUUGAAGGAAAUCUCCAACGUCCAUUGGAUGAGGGUCGACAGUGGUUUCAAAGAUGAAAACUCCGCGGACAGUAUACAGUUUUAUCCCGGUAAUGAGAAUUCGGUCAAAAAGUUUUCGAACGUUGAAGAAACAGAAAUGAAGCUGGCCAAUAAGGGCACCGCAGAUGACUUCGAUCGGUUUCUGGUUCAAUCGUGCAAUAAAGAUGCGAUGUCCAUGUCGGAUAUAUUCACCGACGAUAUGACGUUCAACUGCAAUUUCUCGUCGACUCCAUCCAAGAACAAAUCACGGAGACUUCAUUCUUAACAUUAAAACUUUUAUUUUUAUAGUAUAAUUUAUAGUGAAUAUUUGAAGUUUUCUACUCGUAUUGUUUUAUUUAGCCAAUAAUUGUCUGUUUUUGACGUUUAUCCAUUGUUUAUUAUUGGAUGAAUUUAUAUAAUUAUGUUGAAAUAAUUUUCUAAAAUGAGCUGACUGUUUAAGGUAAUUCGAUAA